AUGGACCCUCCUAAAAUUAUAGAAGAGACCGGAAAAAACAGUGGCACUACAUUUUCCUGCGAGUGGUCUACAAUUCAUCCUGAUGAUGAACCCAUUGUUGUAAGAUGGUUUCUUGAUGGCCGUGAACUCAUUACUAAAGACAAUGAUUUCAUUAUAAGGAAAGAAAAAAGGAAGACAAGACUUGUUAUUCCUAACAUAACUGAGGUUAAUUUUGGGAAUUACACUUGUAGUAUCACUGUUAGUACAAAUAGAGGUGAUAUGACUGAGAUGAGCCAGAACUCCAUAGAACUAAAAAUGAAUGUAAAUUCAACUAAAACUAAGAAUAAUGUGCGGAUACUUCUUCCUGUUGCUGUGUCUGCUGUGGUAAUUACUAUUUGUGUUAUCAGUUUCGCUGUGUUCCAGUUAGACAGAAAAUACGCUUCGUCUAAAAAAAAUAAAUUGCCAUUUGAGCUAUUUGUUGAAAAGGAGUUUUUCUGCAACGAAGGAGAAUCAGCAGAUAUGGUGUUAAGGUACGAACCAAAGAAUGCAAAAACAGCAAGCAUCUCAUGGUUUAAGAUAAAUAAGGAGCAGGAUAGGACUGACCACAUCCUCACGUUCAAUACAGAUUUUAAACAAAGGCGAAAGUCACCUACAAGGUAAGCCUACUUUGAAUACAAUUUCAAUGAAUUACACAGCCAACACACACCUACAUCCCACUGACACUAUAAACAAAAU